UGGACUAUACUGGGAAAGCUGUGCUGAUAAGCCUCAGUCUGGUGAGAAGGAAACAUGGAGACAAGGAAAUAAGGAAGAAGACGAGGAGGCAGACAUUCCAUCGAAGACCCUGUGGAGCUGCAGCGUGGACGAGCCAAGCAGCCGCGAUUUCUAAUUGUAGAGAAAGCCUGAACAGCGAGGAUUACGCAGGAAUGAGUCCACUGAGAGGUUUCCCCUGGCUUUUGAUAUUCCUCUUUGCAGCAGCUGUGUGCGCAGGUGUGGGUGGUGCAAAGGUUGACAAUGUGUCGUCAGAAGUCUGUCGUCAUCCAUGCGACGAGCUGGUGGGCUUACUCACUGAGAUCCAAGGCCUGCGUAUUGUGACCAGCAACCUGCUUGAAGACCUGCAGAGAGUAUCAAAAGAAAAUGAAGAGAUGCGUAUAUCGUUGGAUGAGCUGAGCAAUAACAGCAGCAGCAGCAACAACGGCAGGAGCAGCAACGGCAGGAGCAGCAACGGCAGGAGCAGCAACGGCAGGAGCAGCAACGGCAGGAGCAACGGCAGCAGUGGCAGCAACGGAAGUGGCAGCAGCAGAAUCAAUGGCAGCAGCAGCAGCAGCGGCCUCAGGGGCAGCAGCAACAGGGGCAGCAGCAGCGGCCUCAGGGGCAGCGGUGGCAGCGGUGAUGUCAAUGAUCUCGACAGAGACGGGGAGGUCUGGUGUAUGCAGGAUGGACGGGUGUACGAGCAGGGGGAGGACUGGGAGGUUGACAGCUGCACCGCCUGUGCUUGCCAGGUCAGUGUUGAACAACUGUGA